AUGCAAAGAAGAACGGUGGUUGGCACGGAGCAUAUUCCUCGCAUUCCUCGCAACGGUCCGUAUUUUGUGGUGCAGUUGGCACUAAGGGAGGCCAGCAAGAUUGCGGCUGCCGAAGAGAAUCAAAAAGAGGGCAAGGAUCGCGAGCUGUUCUACAAGCUUCUCACACCACUCCAUUUCUACGCUAAUUUCAAGCUCAACCUCUUCAGCAACUACACAACAUUGGAGGACUUCAAGCAGUGUCCCGUGACUGAUCGUAUGAUUAUUCGAAACAAAAUCCUCGAGGAUCCUUCUCUCAUCGAUCAAUUCAUCCACGAUAACCCAGAGGGCUUCAAUCAAGAUGAGCUCGACAUUCUGCGCGCAUGGCGGCAGUACCAGGUCAAAGAUAAAUUCAUCCUCGAACGGCAUCUCAAGAAGGGCUCCAUCUUCAUCGCCGGCGAGCAGCAGGUCUACCUCGUGUCGGGCAUCACGAGCCCCCUCUCCGAUAUGAUAUUUGCAGAGAUGUUGCCACUUAUCCUCGAGACCGUCAUCAUGCCCUUCAAGGGGAAGAUCGUCUACGAUGGCCUUCUGAGCCACACGCCCAUUCAGAUCGGAAGCACGUUGGCCAAGACAUGGGCCAAGUCUUACCUCGCAGCUAAGCAAAGCAAAAAGGUGAUAACGACGUUUGGCGAGAUGCGGGGCAAAGAAGAGGAGAAGCCCGUGCGGAAGCGGAAGCGCGAGAAUGAGGAGCCCAAGGUGCCCUUCGAGAUGAAGAAGGAGCUCGAGGAGUUCGCGCGAAAGGCCAAGCGAGUGAAGGACGAAGCCCAGCCGGGAAGGGAGAGCUCGGCCGCAAGCGUGCUGCUCAACGCCGCGCAGAUGAUGAAGCGGAUCGUGGAUGGCGGACCCAACCUCAAGCGGGCGGUUACCAGCGUGCGCAAGUCGCUCGAGCUGCUCGACAACGAACUCAAGGGCACCUUAGAUGAGAAAGAUGAAUGA